AUGUUAAAAAAUGAUUUAAUUUGUUAUAAUUUUAUAAUAAAAUAGAUUCAGGAGGAGCAAAUACGUUUUUAGUAGAACCAAAGGAUGAAGAAAAGUAAAAUAGUGUAUAAAUUUCUUUUAGAUUUUAUCCUUCUAAGGUUAGAAAAGUGAUUUAGGAGAUUAUAGAUGAUAAAUUAAAAGAUGAAACUAAUGAUGCAAACAAUACUCCAAUAUUGGCAGAAGAAUUAGUAAAAAGAAUAAGAAGUAAAGUUAGAGAUUGUAUUGAAAUUGAAUUGAUUAUAUAAAUAGCCACAAAAAUGCCUAGAUUUAAAAUAGCAAUAUAAGUAAUAAUAGGUGAGGUUAAAGGAUAAGGAUGUAAAGUUACAUCAAAGAAUCUAUGGGAUCCUGCAUGGGAUAAUUAUGCAUCUUACUGCUUUUAAAAUGUAAAUUCAAAUAAAUUAAAAAGGAAACAAUUUAUGGGGUGGCAAUAGUUUUUGGUGUUUAUUAUGAAUGA